GAAAGAAGACUUUCGCAGGCGCCACCUUGUGAGACAGUCCUAUCGCAGAAGUUAUCUCCAGUAGUUCUUCGGUGGUUGUGUUCGUCCGGUUUUCCUGUGAUUUUUUUUUCCGAUCUCAAAGGAUCCCGGUUAUUACUACUCCGACAAAAAGAGCGAUGUCGAUGGCUGGGUAUUAAACUAAUCAGGAGCUGACUGGAGAAGAAUCUAGUCGCGCUCAUUUGAAUCACUGUUGAGUAUCAGCCAAUAAACACACGCAAGGAUCAUGAAAAUGGUGCUGUCUCAACGUCAGAGGGAGGAGUUAAAUAAGGCGAUCGCGGACUAUCUCAGCACCAAUGGUUAUCAAGAUGCGCUUGAGGCGUUUAAGAAAGAAGCCGAUAUGCCCGGGGAAGUGGAGAGAAAAUAUGGAGGCCUUCUGGAAAAGAAAUGGACCUCGGUCAUACGCUUGCAAAAGAAGGUAAUGGAACUGGAGUCGAAACUCUCUGAAGCUGAGAAGGAAUUCAUCGAAGGGGCACCAACACGUAGCAAACGAUCACCAUCCGAGUGGAUACCAAGGCCGCCCGAAAAAUACAGCCUCACUGGACACAGAGCCCCUAUCAACAGAGUUAUUUUCCAUCCGGUUUUUAGUCUUAUAGUGUCCGCCAGCGAAGAUGCCACUAUCAAGGUGUGGGACUUCGAAAGCGGCGAAUUCGAAAGAACGUUGAAGGGGCACACCGACAGCGUGCAGGACGUUUCCUUCGAUGUCUCCGGGAAACUGUUAGUCUCAUGCAGUGCAGACAUGUCUAUCAAGUUGUGGGACUUUCACCAGUCAUUCGCCUGCGUGAAAACCAUGCACGGGCAUGAUCACAGUGUCAGCUCUGUCGCAUUUGUGCCACAAGGGGAUUUCGUAGUGAGCGCCUCCAGGGAUAAGACCAUCAAAAUAUGGGAAGUAGCGACAGGGUAUUGCGUGAAAACGUUAACGGGGCACAGAGAGUGGGUACGGAUGGCCAGAGUCAGUCCUUGCGGAGAAUUAAUAGCUAGUUGCUCGAACGACCAAACGGUACGAGUUUGGCACGUAGCAACGAAGGAAACAAAGGUCGAACUCAGAGACCACGAACACGUGGUAGAGUGUAUCGCAUGGGCGCCGGACAGUGCAAGAGCAUCGAUCAACGCUGCAGCAGGGGCGGACAACAAGGGUGCCCACGAAGGUCCUUUCCUCGCAUCUGGCUCCCGAGACAAAGUAAUUCGUGUGUGGGACGUCGGUGCCGGUGUUUGUCUUUUCGCCCUGUUGGGCCACGACAACUGGGUCCGCGGCAUCGUCUUCCAUCCAGGUGGCAAGUUCAUCGUCAGUGCGUCUGACGACAAGACCCUGCGAGUCUGGGACACGCGCAACAAACGGGUAAUGAAAACCCUCGAAGCGCACGUCCAUUUCUGCACCUCCGUUGAUUUUCACAAAAGCCAUCCUUACGUGGUCACCGGUAGUGUCGAUCAAACGGUGAAGAUCUGGGAGUGCCGCUAGUCACCAAAACAUCAGGGUCUCGUUGAACCUUCGUCGAGAAAGAAAGAUUUUGGAGAGAAGGCGAACGAUGCGCGUCGAAUUCGAUGAAAACGGCCGAGAGAGUAAGCUGCUAACAAAAAAAAAAAAAAAAGUUAAUCGUACAUUACUACUAUUAUUAAUAUUAAUAUUAUUAUACACACAUAAACAUGUACGAUUAAGAGCUCUUUAAUUAAUUUAUAAUAAAGUAUAAUUAGUAAUUAUUAAUAUUACAUAUACGUUUUACGGUAAAUGAACUGCACGAUUCGAGGAGAGUCGGUCGAGAUUAAUUAAUUUUCGUUGAAAAAGUGAGGAGGACAUUGCCAUAAUUUCAUCGACGGUUAGAAGAGAAAAAAAAAAAGGAAAGAAAAUUAAAAAAUGAAAUGCAACAGUAAUAAUGUAAACCAUGCUCGUUCGAAUGAUCGAUCGAUCGUUUGUCCCUUCGUGAGAAGUGUGCUACUUAUUUACUUAUAUACAUCUUGGCUUGUUAAAAUAACGCGUCGUCCUCCUCGAUCCACCGACGAUAAUGGGAAUUUCGGCUGUCUCUCGAGAUAUAAGAAGAAUCAUGGUCGCUCGUUCUCAUUUGCCGUGCCGACUUCUCCUCGAGCGUUCUUGACGAUGUGACAUCCGAAGAUGGCACCGAGAUACGUAUGACAUACACAAGAGAUACACAACACACACACACACACACAUAUAUAUACGCGUGUGCGCAUAUACGUUAUAUCAUUAAAAGAAGGAAAGCGUCAACCGAGUAUGCUGAGCGUCAAUUUGAUCGGGUACGUGGGCAUGUUCCUUCGUGCAACGCAUAUAAGAUGUAAUAAUAACAAAAAGUGUGAACGUACGAGCGUGUAACGAACGUAUUAUUAUAUAGCGAACAGAUUUCAGAUUAAAUGAUUGGAAAUCGGCGAGCGUUUGUCUGGAACAGUUUCGUUCUAGUAAUGUAUGCUGCGUAUGUGCGUACCUACUCUUCAUGCGACAAAAAUAUUUCUCUCGGCAUUAAGUCGAACGGAAAAAGGAACGAAAAAAGAAAGGGAAACAUCUAACCGAGAGAUUGGCCGAACGCGAAGAAAUGUACCGAUAACAAUGAAAUGACUGGCUUUCGGCGUCAGUGCGUGGCGUCCAAUCAACGUGCAUUAUUAUAUAAUAUUAGAAGGACGGCCGACUGGAGCGUGCGAAAAAAGAAAAAACACAUGAAAAAUAAACAACGUGCAAGCGUGUAUUCGUAUGGAAGUACUUCAGCCGCAUAAUUCGUUGCGUGGGUCCCGAGAUAUGAGGGGGUACUAGUUGUAUAUUUAGCUCUAAACUACUAUUAGCGGUAGCGCAGACGUAACGUAGACAAGAAACAAGAAAGAAGAAAAAAAAAAAAAAAGGAAAGGAAAAAUAGAAUCAGGCCACGAGUGUACGAUCGAUCGGUACACACAACACACACAUAUACUUACGCAGCCAUUCGUCGAGACUUCGUGUAACAAUGCUUAAUUAAUUAAGGCCGAUUUUUCAAAUCAUAUCUAUUAUCCAUUGCUAUCCAUUUUUCCUACCAUAUUUCCUUCCUCGGUCCUAAGUAAUAAGCGCCUUCCUCCUGCUCGUGUCCAUUCGUUCCCCUUAAAACCCGAGAAAACUCCAGACCGUUUGACUCGAUGUCGUAACUAAAUUAUUUUGUUGAAAAAAAAAAAAAAAAAAAAAAAAAAUAAAAAAUGAAAUUCUCAAUUAAAUCGAUUUAACUUCGUUCUGCUGUACUAUCUGUGUGUUUCGUCGUCGUUCGUGCAUCGUUGUUUGCCAUCGAUAAUUUUUUCGAUUCAUUGGUAAUAAAACCGUAGUUAAUCACGAUAAUGGAAGUUGUGUUCUUCUUGGAGG